GCCACUUCCAUUACGUAAUGCCAUCCAAAAGCACGUGUCUUCACUCACUUCCCGGUCAAUCAUUUCAAAGUUGGAAUGUUUCAGCUCGCAUAAAACCUCCUCAAGUCGAAAUUUUCAUAAAAUGGCACAUUGUUUGCGCCACAUUACCAACAAAUUUGUCUCAAUAACAUCAAUUAUCACUCCUAGAAGUCAUGUCAUCAAAUAUGAAAAACCUAACCUUUCCAACAAGGACUAUUUAACCGAACAGUAUUCAACGCAAGCGAAAUAUGAGUCGAGUCAAGAAACCGAGGAGUUUAUUCCAAAGGCUUCGUUUAUCAAAGUUGGGGAUAACAGGGAGUGUUCCAGUGAUAUUGUCACGAGGGAGAAUAUAUUUAACGUUGAAGAUUUUAGACGGCACUUAAUUAAUUCCAGUUUGAAGUUUAGUGUAAUUAAUUGUGUCUCUAAUGAGAGUCAGGUUUCAUUUAGUGACACUCCUGAGCCACCAGCAAAUAAACCCCCACCAGAGAAACUCAGCCGUGUUUACGACGUUUUGAUGAAUACUCUUCCACAUCUUUUUACCCAAACCAUGGAUUACAGCAUAUAUCAUCCUGAGUUGGUGUUUGAAAAUAACAUCAGGGGAAUCACCACAGUCGGUUUAUAUCACUAUGUUAAGCAAAUAGCGCUACUUAGGACAGUUGGUCACUUAAGGUUUGCAUAUGUCAAACUUGAGGUCCUCAAAAUUACCAAACAUCCUGAAGACUCGACUGUGAAAGUCAGAUGGCGCAUUAGGGGGAUUUCCGCAUUGAAAGUCAUGUUUACAUUUUGGAAAUAUAAACUGUGGAAUUUUAGUGAGAUUUAUGAUAAAACAGAAGCGUGGUACGAUGGUUUUUCAACGUUUUACGUCAACGCUGACGGCGAGGUGUACAAACAUGUCGCUGAUAAGAUGAUGCCCGAUUCAGAUUCUGUUAACGAAAAAACAUCAGACUCCACCGCAUUACCAACCGCAAAGUUGGCUUUAAUAACUGGGUUGAUACCAAAAUGUGCAGAUAUUUAUUCCAUUACUUGAACCCAAAAUUAGGUUAGUUGAGUCCUGUAUUUAUUUAUAAAUUAAGUAUUAUUUUGUUAUUAAAGCGACUAUUUUAUAUUUGGAUCACCGCUUCGCUUGUCCCUAGAAUGUUAUGUGUUAAUAAAAAUCUUUAAGGCA